UUUGACAAUUCUUGUCUUUCUGAGUGGGCAGUAAACAGUGUCCAUCGAGACAGCUCAGUCUCUUAUCUGUGGAACGAGCGAGGUGAGUGGGAAAAACAUUAUAACCACAAUCAAACUGCACUUCAUCCAGUAAAGCUUUCAUCUUGUAAAAACGCGACUGAACGCUUUAAAUUCUGUAAAUACGUGAUUGGAACUUUCAAAAAAUAUUUACUAUCUUGA